ACAGUUGGUAUCCCUUUUUAGUUGACGCUUAGAAACUGUAAAUUAUUAAAAAAAAUAUUGUGUAAAAUAAUACGUAAUAAAUGACUUAAAUUUCGUGCCAACGUUCAAGAAAUAGUAAAUUUAUUAAUUAAAAAUGUCUAUGACGUUUGCACAAAAAGGGGCGCGACCUCCAAACCCAGCUCAAAUCCAGAAAAUGCUCGAUGAAAAUGGUCAUCUCAUUCAAACAAUACAAGAUUAUCAAAGCAAAGGAAAAGCCCAAGAAUGCGUGCAAUAUCAGCAAUUAUUGCAUAGGAACUUGGUUUAUUUGGCCAGUAUAGCAGAUGCUUCCCAAAAUGUGCACUCGUUACUUCCUAUGUUACAGCCUCCGCAGGGUACACCACCAGCCCAUGGGCAACCUCCCAAUCCAGAUCAACACAUGAACAAUUAUAAUCACCAACAACAAGGCGCUUAUCGUCAACCACCUGGUCCACAAAGACCUGGAACCACGCCACAACCGUAUCCACAAAGGGGUUACCAACAAGGACAAUAUCCUGGGAAUUAUCCACCACAAGGUUACCCACAACAGGGCCAAUAUCCCCCUAAUCAGCCACCAGUUUAUCCAGCUAAUAAUCAAGGAAAUUACGGCCAACCUCCAGUUACUACAACUCAUAAUAAUUAUCCUCAACCCGGUUAUGGUACUCCACCACCCCCAAAUACAGCGCCGCCACAAUCAGGGCCAUAUCCACCACCCCCAAAUGCCCCACCAUCCCAAGGAAGUACUUAUGGAGCUCCCCCUGCGAAUCCACCCUAUCAAAACUCUACAGCGCCUCAAAAUUAUCCUCCUCAACCUGGUUACCCACCCCAACAAGGUGGUUAUCCACCACCCCCAUCAAGUCAACCACAAACAACUCAAAAUUACAAUCAACCCAGCCCCGGCCCGAAUAAUUUCCCACCAAACAACGCUCAAUCUCCACCUUUCGCGGGAGGACCCCCAGCAAGUAAUCCCCCACCAGCAGCAACUUCCGCUCCACCUCCUCCAACAUCUCAACCGUAUUCUCAAACUCCAUACCCUCCAAAUUCUCAACCUUCAAACACUGGAUUUACACCGCCCCCAAAUCAAGCUUAUCCCCCAAAUGCACCGUCAAAUAAUUAUUAUCCUCCCCAACCUGGGUAUCCGCCUCAUCCUCAGUAUGGAUCGCAACCUCAAGGUUAUCAAUAUCCGAGACCUCCGGCUGCGCAAGGUCCUCCACCUCCCCAAGGGCAGUACGGAUAUAAUUAUCCACCUCAACCCAACCCUCAGUAAAUGUCUAUAUAUAUAUGGUCGAUCCAAUUAUUGUAAGUGUGUUUUUUAAAUUAAUUUCUUUUCAUUUUUUUAUUAUAAGAUGAAAACAAUUUGUUGUAUUAAUGUAAUUGAUGUAAUGGAAACGUAAUAAAAUAAAGUUGAUUGUUAAUUUUA